AUGCCCUGGCGGCCACUGCCUCGAAUCGCUUUUGCCGUCGCGAUCUAUCCCUUCCAGCCCUCCACUCCGGCCGACCUACCGCUAGAACUCGGCGAUGAACUAUACAUAAUAGAGCAAGGGGGGAAUAAUGGCGAAUGGUGUCGCGGCUACUUGGUUGCUCCGCCGUCUUUGCUGGCGGGCUUAACGAGCACCAAGGGUCAGACGCUCGAGGCGCGAGUGUUUUCGGGCAUAUUCCCCCGCAAUUGCGUGGAGAUUCGCGAAGUUCUGGGUGACACCGAGGGAAACAAGUCUUUAACAAAUGGUGACCGCUCGACUGGCGACAGAACGGAGGAUGUGGAGGUGGACGUGCGGAGCAGUCUAGCUUCUUCCCAAUUCGACGAACAUGCUGCCGACGAGGUGUCCGACGUGGUGGUAGCAAGGAAAGGGAAGCCCUCACAAAUAUUCAUACAAAAGACAGAUGAGGAAGACCAGUCAACCCCACGGGGGGCACGCGCCAGUCCCUGGGGAAUGCUCCCAUUGACGCCACUUCCGCGGGAUCCUGAUGCGCCCAAGCCAGCCGCGCCCGUUCCUAUGCUCAAAAUCGGCGACGAAACUCCUACUUCGCUUUCGGAGCCGCUGGUCGACGAGAUCGCAUCAUGCUUGCGUGAGUGGCAUUCAACCAAGCUACACGAGUUACUCCUCUCGCAGCAAUACCAGGUUGUGGAAGAAAUGUCGAACAUUGUCCAGGAGCUUGAUUAUGCGCGACGGCAGCUCCUAUACAACGUACUAACAUCAGGGGAGAAGGAGGCGCUGAGACAAGAGGUUGUUUGGAAGCUUGUGCGAGGCAACAAGCUACUUGGUGGGGAGGUCAUUGUACGAGACCCUGAACAGAGAGGUCGCCUGUUGACAGGUGACGAUUCCGCCGUACAGUUGGCAAAGCUUCAGUCAGAAAUGAGCAUGCUCGAGAGCAGCCCCAUCCCUGUGUCGGACACCGCAGCCCUUCAUCAUUUACUGGUGGAAGUCAAUGCUGUAUCAGGAAAUGCCCCGGGACCAGUAGUUCUGGCUAUUAACUUGUGCGCCAUAUCGGAGACCGGGUCUCUGAAACCACUGUCCGAGACGUAUAUUCUGGACAUUCCGUCCCCAGAACAAUUCGCCAGCUCGGGCCAGAGCAACAAGCUAAAGACCUUGUUCACUGAAUUGGCCGCUACCGAUAUUGGCGAUGGAUCAACAAGCGGACCCAAGCUAUAUCUUGUCGUGAGCGUCCGGGCGCCCGAGGUUGCUUCUACAACGAUCAUUCCAGCUCAAGCUGCACCUGCUGCCUCCCGCGAAGGAAUAACCUCGCCAAAGCCUCCUACGGCCAGCAACUCUGUCAAGGGGCCCGGUUUGAAACCCCGCCGCAGCAUUAUGUGGUCUUCCAAACGUGGUGUUCAAAGCUCAGACCAACCCAAAGAGAGCGCCAAACCUCCAGAGUCCUCGGGGAGUGCGGCGAGCAACAAGGGAGUAGCCAUCCAGUCGCCGAAGGAGUCUACACAACUUCGUACCAUAGGCGUUGGUCUGCUGGAAGUCUCCCAGAUCCUCCGUCAGGAUAAAGACACUGAGCAGAUUAUCAACAUUUGGUCCUCUUCUGAGCACAACGAAGAUGGGGAAGGGUAUACGGACGGAUUUGAUGCGCUAAUACGUGCAUUACUACCCAGUCCAACGGGGAAGUAUGUAAGGUCCCCUCGGGCAGCUCGUGUUCAUCUCCACCUUUUCCCUUACGUCGAUUGCGAUGCCGAUGCAUUGGUUCGGAAGAACCCAACUAUGUUGCAUGAUAUCGUGCAAACGAGGCGUAUGGGCUUUUCGCAAGCUCCAUCCAAGCCGAGAUCUGAUAUCUAUGUGACUGUGUCCCAAGCCACCUUUCCUCCCGAGGCUCUUCUCUCGCAUCCUCAUUCUGGCCAGAUUCCCAUGCCUUCAAACACUGGGCUUCGCAACCUGCAGCUAACCCUUGAGGUGCGCACUGCAUCGGGGGCACGAGUUGAUAAAUGCGUUUUCCCGGCCUCGUCCAACAUAACCCCAAAUACCGCAUGGAGAACGACUAUUACUGAAAGAGGCAAGUCUUGGAAUCAAACCAUUCGCCUCAACAUCCCCGCAGAUCAAAUCCCAGGGUCCCAUGUUAUCAUGAGCAUUGCGGAUGCUCCGGAGUUCCCAUUUGCGCUGGCUUGGAUGCCCCUAUGGGAUAAUCAGGCUUUCAUACGUGACGGGCCGCAUUCCUUAUUGUUGCACGCAUAUGACAAACAUACAUCCAGCGUUGAGAACGGCAAAGGUGCUUACCUAUCGCUUCCUUGGAGCUCCCUUGGCAAGAAUGAGUCUGCGAAGGAUGAGGCGAUCACAGGGCCCCUGGCUACCCUGCACAUUGAAACCCAUUUGUGCAGCACCGAAUACUCACAAGAUCAAGUGAUUCUGAGCCUGCUUAACUGGAAAGAGCGGUCCGUGGAUGAGAUUCUUGAUACCUUGAAGAGAGUUCGAUUUGUGCCGGAAAUGGAGAUCGUCAAGCAAUUGAGCAGUGUCUUUGACGCACUGUUCUCAAUCCUCGUGGAGAACGCCGGAAACGAAGAAUAUGAAGACCUUAUCUUUAAUAAUCUUGUCACGGUUCUUGGGAUUGUUCAUGAUCGACGGUUCAACCUUGGCCCCUUAGUCGAUCACUAUACAGAGAACCAGUUCAACUUCCCCUUCGCAACGCCAUGUCUUGUCCGAAGCUACCUUCGUCUCUUGCAAGCGAGCUCCGAUCUACAAUAUCACCGCAACCUUCGCGCAACCUUCAAGGUUGGCCGGCAUGUGCUGAAGUUCAUCAUCAACGCCCGCCAGCAGCAAAAGCUAAAGGAAGAGGGAAUUGGCGUCACUCGCGUUCAGUCAACAUUCAGCCGAGAUGUACACACAAUUUUCAAGUUACUAGAGGCGCUAAUGAAGAAUCCUUCGCCUGCGAUGGUGGGUAGCAAAACUCUUGUUGUCCAGCACUUUCACGCCUGGCUCCCAGAGCUGUCAGGAGUCCUCAGCCGAGAUGAAGUGAUUAUGAUUGCUCUCAGUUUUAUGGACUCUUGCGCCGACGUCAAAGGAAUGUUGGUCCUGUACAAAUUAGUUUUGAUUCAGCAUUAUACUCGGCUGGAGAUUUUUAGCUCCGGGUCGGAGAGAAAGAGUCUCGCCUCCAGCUGUCUCGGCUGGUUGGAUCCUUACUGGGGAGCUACUGGUGCGGUUUCUGAUCAAUACCGUGACCAGGUACGUCUGGUUUGCGCAAUUGUGGCAGAACUGUUGUCGCAGCCAGAUCCGCAACUCUACGCCUUCAUGCCGAAGAUCAUCUCGUCUUAUUACUCUAUCAUUCCUGAUGGAGUCGAUGAUACCGAGUACUUGUCCCUUCUUUUCAGCAAAUCAUUCCCGUUCCAGCUCAAAGCUUCGAAGACUAGCCAAAGAUUUGAUGAGGUCCUUGUGGAAUUGUCGGCUAUCAUGGCGGCCACUGCGUCAAUACCGAACCCCAAGAGGCUGCGAUUGAAGGGCCUAGAGCUCACCAAUUUCCUUUCUCAAGCAUUCGAAGUUCAUACUUCAAUCUUGAACUGCGAGGCGUAUCCCGAAAGCUGGUUCAGUAUCCACGUCUAUAACCACCGGGCGACAUUGAAGAGUCUUGAGAACCUCGCAUCACUAAUGAUUGAUAAGUUGCUUCCCGCUCCAGAUGACGCGGAGACGUUUGACACGAGAGUGUGGGAGACUUUUUUUAUGACGUUACUCAAGGUUGUCUCCAGCGAUGCUCUUGCCUUGGAGACUGUCCCUGAGCAAAAGCGGCGUACUAUCUGGAAGAUCGCUGGCGAUGUUCGAGAACAAGGUGCGGAGCUGUUGCACUCUACAUGGGAAGCUAUAGGCUGGGAAACGGCUGAGGAGGAGAGAGAACGUUACGGGCUGAAAACACUUGGCGGCUACCAGGUGCAGUAUGUGCCUGGUCUCGUGGCCCCUAUCAUUGAGCUUUGCCUCAGUGUCCACGAGGGCCUGCGCCAUGUCGCCGUUGAUAUUUUGCGCACCAUGAUAAUCAGCGAGUGGGAUCUAAAUCGCGAUCUAUCCAUCAUCGAGACUGAGAUAAUCUCCAGUUUGGAUAAUCUUUUCAAGACAAAGAACAUGAGUGAGGGAGUCAUCCAGAAACUAUUCAUUGGCGAGCUGCUUGAUCGCUUUGAGGGCUGCGAGGCUUUUGAUGAAGAACUCGCGAUAGCGGUCAAGGCUCUCAUAGCGACCGUGGAUGAGCUUUUGGAUCUGUUUGUCGCGUCCCAAGGCGGUACAAUGGCCGAGAGUUUGCAUGUUCUUCGACUGAUGGAGUACAUGAAGGAUAUGGGCCGAGAGGAUAUCUUCAUCCGCUAUGUCCAUGAACUCGCUCAAAGUCAGGCUUCAGCAGGCAACUUCACUGAGGCCGGCCUUGCACUCCAAUUCCAUGCGGACCUGUAUGACUGGGAUCCUAAGCGGUCCGUCCCCGAACUCACGAACCCUGCCUUCCCGGAGCAGACACCGUUUGAAAGGAAAGAAUCCUUGUAUUUUACGAUCAUUCAGUACUUCGAGGACGCUCAGGCUUGGACUCAUGCGCUGGCUUGCUAUAAGGAGCUUGCGUUGCAUUACGAGGACACUGUCAUGGAUUUUGCUAAGCUCUCGCGAGCUCAGAGCUCCAUGGCCAAAAUCCACGAGUCCAUUGCAAAGGAAGACAAGCAGUUCCCCCGCUACUUCCGAGUCUUGUACAAGGGUCUCGGUUUCCCUCCAACCCUACGUGAUAAGGCAUACAUUGUCGAAUGCGCCCCGACGGAACGUAUGGCUACGCUUGUCGAUCGUAUGCAAAAGGAGCAUCCUGCCGCCCAGGUUAUCCCGGUUAGCGUGCACCGGGAUAUGGACCACCCUGUCUACCAACGCUCGAAGAUUCCUCCAUCCGUUCGCGAUCAUCUCUUGAUUUCAGAGCCUACGAGGUUCAGUUCCACGCUGAGAAGACAUAUUCGUGAUGCGGAUGUUGAAGAGCAAUGGGUAGAGAAGGUCAUCUACACAACCUCUGAACCAUUCCCGAAUAUCCUCCGCAGAAGCGAGGUAAUUAGCACUGAAGAAGUCGCGUUGACUCCUUUGCAAACAGCUCUAGAACGAACCUGGCGCAAGACACAGGAGUUGUAUCUGCUCUACAGGCGCGCAGCGUCCGGUGAAGAUAUGGGUCUAAUGAACUUGACCGUGGCUAUAGAGCAAUUACUGGAAACCAAUUCUACUCCCGCCAGCUGUGUUGUUCACUACCGUCAAUUCCUGACCGAUGAACCUGAGGAUGAAGACGAGGAAGGGGACGCAAUCACGCCGAAACCGAUCGAUCCAUUAAAAAACGCCCUCGCUGUGGCUCUUAUUGACCAUGCUUUGGCGAUCAAGCACGCUCUGGCACUGUACUCGCGUCCGGCGCAUCAAGCCACCCAAGCUGAAUUGACACGGCGUUUCGAAGAAGCUUUUGCACCCGAACUUUCUUCUCUUCGCCCCACUGAGACCACCGUGCCUUCACUGUUGCAUCAAAGCCAGUCUCCUAUCUCAUCAGAAAGCCGUCGGGUGACUGCGCUGCCACGGUCUAUUAGCCCGGAGCAGGAGUUGAUUCGCAGUUCACGCAAGAAUAGCCAGGCUCAUCAUCGUCAAGGUUCACGGAAACAGUCUGUCAGCCAUCGAAUCAGUAUUAUGAACCCGUUCAAACGCUCUAACCAUGGAACAAGCAAUUCAGUCGCCACUAUACAGGGACAGCCUAACGGCACCAAGCCUAAUGGCCCUGUACCUGGCUCGUCCGGAAAGGAAGAACCUGACCUUGAUGACGCUGCUACCGUUCACAGUCGAACAACUAAUCAGUCGCGGGACACGAAUCAGAAACGACGGAGCUUCUUUGGGGAGGUCCUGCAAAAGCACACAUCCUCAUUAUCAAUAAGCACCAGCGUUAAUGGAGACGACGCCAACAAGCUGCAAAAACGGCAACGAUCCAAAAGUGCCUCAAGGAGCGUCGCCGACAAGUCCACAGAUAAUGUCAGCCGCAACGCAUCUCGACACAAUGUUGCGGCAGAUCCUUCAACACCAUCAGUCACCAGUCCUGUUUCAGUCACCAGUAAGGGAGGCUGGUCAACCAUACCCUCCGUCGUUGAGCAUCCGCGACCUGUGACCCGAAGCAGUAUUAAUUCCGUCCGAAGCCCUGGCGCCCAAACUACCAGUUCAUCGAACACUGGUGGUGUGCGAGACUCCGUCAUGAGACGCUUCAGUCUGCUCAAAGGAGUCGGACGAAAAUCCAGCCGCCUUGAUUUCAGGAACGAGCAAACAGUUCACGAAGAGUGA